GGGGGAGGGGGUUUGUGUGUCAAGGACCUGCAAGAUUGAGAACGGGUGCCCCCAUGCAAAGGAUAACCAUCAAAGAUGAAUGCAGGCAGGGAGAAUCCAGUCUCAUUUAAAUCCCUACAAUAACCCUUUGAGAUGGGUAGGAUUUGAACUCAGCUCUUUCUCAUGUCCCAUCCACGAUUCCCUUCGCUGUGAUGCCUAGCGCGGAAGGGAGCAGCCUACCUGCGGCUGGAGGGGUGGGCUCUUAACUGAUAAAGUCAGAAGCACAACGGAAGGAGGGCGCGAGGAGGCCGCCGCUCCUCCCUCCCGGCCCUGCACCGGGCUGGGCACAGGCGUGGGAAAGAACAUCUGGAGAUGAGGCCUUAGGAAAAAGCCAGGCCAGAACCUGAACGUAAGGAGUGCGGGGGUGAAAGGGGGACCCCCCCUUUAUUCGUGAGGGCAACAGUCGAGGGCAGAGACGGGGAGAGGGGGCAGCCCCAGAGGGAAGCGGAGGCCAGGAAGAGGCACAGGACUGGAGGCAGAAUCGGGGUGAACGAGGUAAAUGCUUGGUGGACGGAUAAAAGCGGUGAGCUCGGCUCCGCUUUGGGCGGAGCUGUCCUACACUUUCCGCUUCCUUCUUCUCCACCCACCCCCCCCCAGGCACUUCCGGCGGACACACGUAUUUUUCUCUCGCCUCGUCAAAAGCUUUUAGAUGUUAGCGGGCCCUUUAAGAGGGGGCGGUGCCUUCACACGCCGGAAGUUUCGGUAAAAGAGGGGGUGUGGCCACGCCCCGGGGCGGAAGCCGGAAGUGGAGGUGGCUGGGACCAACGUGGUGACGAUGUCGGCGCUCAGGGCUCUGGAUCCUGGUGUCGGGGCCGGGGUAAGGCCGGGGUCCGCGACCACCGCCACCUCCGGCCCUCCCGGGGAUCCCUCCCUCGCCUCCGGGAAUCUGUUCCAGCCCAUCAGCGCCGAGGAUGAGGAGCAGCAGCCUACGGAGAUCGAGUCCUUGUGCAUGAAUUGCUAUGGCAACGGGAUGACUCGCCUUCUGCUAACUAAGAUUCCCUUCUUCAAAGAGAUCAUCGUGAGCUCUUUUUCCUGUGAGCAUUGUGGCUGGUCCAACACAGAGAUUCAGUCUGCAGGCAGGAUCCAGGAACAGGGUGUGCGCUAUACCUUGUCUGUCAGGGUCCCUGAGGACAUGAACCGAGAGGUGGUGAAAACAGAUUGUGCCACAGCAAGGAUCCCAGAGUUAGAUUUUGAGAUUCCGGCUUUCAGCCAAAAAGGAGCUCUCACCACUGUUGAAGGUUUAAUUAGUCGGGCCAUCUCUGGUUUGGAGCAGGACCAACCAGCUCGAAGGGCAAAAGGAGAGACCAUGGCUGGGAAAAUUGAUGAGUUUAUUGUCAAGCUGAAGCAGCUGAAGCGGGUGGACUCCCCGUUCACUUUUAUCAUUGAUGAUCCCUCGGGGAACAGUUUUGUGGAGAAUCCGUAUGCCCCUCGGAAAGAUGACGCUCUGGUGAUUACACACUACACCAGGACUCCUCAGCAGGGGGACAUGUUGGGACUCAAGACUGAAGAGCCUGAAGAGAAGUCCACUGACCCUGUCGAAGACCUCAGGAAUGAAGUGUUACAGUUUAACACAAACUGCCCUGAAUGCAAUGCUCCUGCCACCACCAACAUGAAAUUAGUGGAAAUUCCCCACUUUAAAGAGGUUAUCAUCAUGGCAACCAAUUGUGAGAACUGCGGACACCGGACUAAUGAGGUAAAGUCAGGAGGAGCAGUGGAACCCUUGGGCACCAGGAUCACCCUUCAUAUCACGGAUCCCUCAGACAUGACCAGGGAUAUACUGAAGUCUGAGACAUGCAGUGUAGAAAUCCCAGAACUGGAGUUCGAGUUGGGCAUGGGUGCCCUAGGGGGCAAGUUUACCACCUUAGAGGGACUGCUGAAAGACAUCUGUGAUUUGGUGUCCAGGAACCCCUUUACACUGGGCGACAGCUCCAACCCGGACCGUACAGAAAAGUUGAAGGAGUUUAGCCAGAAGCUGGACCAGAUUAUAGAGGGCAAAAUGAAUGCUCACUUCAUUCUGGAUGAUCCAGCAGGAAACAGCUACUUGCAGAAUGUGUAUGCCCCGGAGGAUGACCCAGAGAUGAAGGUAGAGCACUAUAAACGCACAUUUGACCAGAAUGAGGAGCUGGGGCUCAAUGACAUGAAGACAGAAGGCUAUGAGACUGGACUGGCUCCACAGCGGUAGCAGUGGGCAAAGGGGCAGGUCAGGCAACAGAGCUGCCCAGGGCCCCGUGGUUAUUUGUUACUAUUGUAAUAAGUCAGAGGGACAGAGACUAGAGAACAGGGGCAUUCUCUUGAAUGGGGAGACCUUGUCUGAGUCCAUGAAGCUGUGCACACUUUCAAAACAAUUCAUGAUGCAAAUGUACAUCUGUUGUGUUACUGACCUUAUUUUGGAGGUUUUUUAUUGGUUUGUGAAGAAACUUGGAAUUGAACUCUGGAGCAAGUUACUACUACUUUUUUUCUUGCUAAAGUCUUUCCUUCCGUAUUUCUCCUUUCUAUAAGGAAGGGGCUCUGAGGAGCUGCUUCCUGAUAGGCUUGGAGAAAUGGAGGAGUUGGGGCACAACCAGGAGUUGGCAUUCUAUAGAUAUUAAUUCUAGCUCUCAAAAACAAGAGGAGCCAUGUUCUAGGGCACUGGAGUCCUGGGAUUGGGCAGAAAAAAAAGGUUGUCAAUAAAAUUACUGCUUUCAAACAA